CCUAUUUUGGCGGCUGUGUGGAAAACAUGGCGGAAAAUUUGAAAGAAUGCAGCGUGCCUUGGAAGAUGUCCUGGGAUGAGCUGGAAGCCCUGUGUCGUGCAGAGAAGCUCCACUGUAAAGAGCUUGGGGUGAACAAAGCCAACAUCAAUGAGUAUGAUGUGGAAUUUCUCUGCGACUACAAGAAGACGAAGGAUGAGGAGUUCUACCUGGUUAAGUGGAGGGGCUUCCCUGAGUCUGAUAACACCUGGGAACCCAAGAGGAACCUCAAAUGUGCCAAACUAAUGAAACAGUUCCACUUGGACCUGGAUCAGGAGCUGAGGCGCCACAAGAGACGCUGCAUCCCUAAAAAACUGGAUAAGGACGUUUCCUCAUUCCUGCUCCAGAAAGCCAAACUCCGUCAAAAACUGCGGCGCUGGGAGGCCCAUUUGAACCAGACACGCAACCACCCAGGUCGCAUUUUUGUCAUCAACGAAGUGGACUUUGAGGGCCCCCCAAAAGACUUCACCUACAUCAACAACUACAAAGUAGGCGCGGGUAUUGUGUUAGAUGAGAUGGCUGUUGGCUGUGAGUGUAAGAAUUGUUUAGAGGAGCCAAUAAAUGGCUGCUGCCCAGGGGCCUCCCUGCACCGCAUGGCCUACAAUGACAAGGGGCAGGUCCGGAUCCGGCCGGGACAGCCCAUAUAUGAGUGUAACUCCCGAUGCAGCUGUUGCCCCGAUUGUCCUAACAGAGUGGUGCAGAAGGGCAUUCAGUUUGACCUGUGCAUCUUUAAGACAGAGAAUGGCCGGGGAUGGGGUGUCCGCACGCUGCAGCACAUAAAGAAGAACACAUUCGUCAUGGAGUACGUGGGAGAGAUCAUCACAACAGACGAAGCAGAGAGGAGAGGUCACGUGUAUGACCGCCAAGGCUCUACUUAUCUGUUUGACCUGGACUAUGUGGAGGACGUGUACACAGUGGACGCAGCUCACCAAGGCAACAUCUCCCACUUUGUCAACCACAGCUGUAACCCCAACCUGCAGGUUUUUAAUGUGUUCAUCGACAACAUUGAUGAGAGGCUCCCAAGAAUCGCCCUAUUUUCAACACGGUCUAUUCGGGCAGGAGAGGAGCUCACCUUUGACUACAAGAUGCAAAUUGACCCUGUCGACACAGAGAGCACCAAGAUGGAUUCCAGUUUUAGUCUGGCAGGGCUCCCCAGCUCCCCGAAGAAGAGAAUUCGAGUGGAGUGUCGGUGUGGAUCGGACUCCUGUCGGAAAUACCUGUUCUGACAAAGAACUGCAGAGAACAGUCAGCUUUGAGAAGACAGGGACAAUUUGUUUGAUUUGUAUAUGAAUUUCUGUUUCCUUUUUGUUUUUUAUAUGCUGAAAUUUACCAUCAAAAACUCACGUUAUGAUAACAAACUUUAUGAUUCAAGACCAUAAUCCAGAGUUUCAGUCUUAUGAUUUUUUUUUUAUAGAAUGCGGAGUUUCUUGGUUUCUAAUGUAUUGAAGGCUGUAUCAGUGGAUUAUCUGAAUUCCUUAUUCCAACAAUUUAAAAUAUCUACUAUAAAAAUAGAUAUGCGAGCAUGCAUAUUAGCCCAUCCCCAAAGAGUGCAGCACAAGAUUAAACAACCAUUUACCUUUUUAAGUCAAAUAUUUUCAGUGGUUGCUUUCUCUGCAACAUUAAAUAGAUGAUUCUUUUACAGUGUGUGUAUAUAUAAACAUUUUAGUUAUUAGUGCUUGAGGGUGUGACUUUCUUAUAGGUGGAGAACAAAAACAAUGUAAAUAAAUGGCUUUAUAUUGAA